CUACAAUAGAGAGAGCUAAGUAAUCUGUUGCUCCCUCAUGACUGGGGAAGAUGUAGCACUUGUAUAAAUUGUUGUAUAGAAUUUGAAUAUUCUUUUAGUGAAUGUGAAAUGCAAACUACAGUCAGUCAGAUUAGCACAUUUAGCAGUAGUCUUUUUAAACUGUCUAUAAUUUUAGAAAUAUUUGAUGCUUUUUCCACAAUGUUUACAGCAUAAUGUAUUUUAGAAAAAAUUGAUAAAGGGAAACUUCUUAUAACUGGAGAAUCCAAAUGGAAAAAUGGAAAUGGACCGCCUUCAAGUCAAUCCCGACUUAUGGCGACCCUAUGAAUAGGGUUUUCAUGGUAAACGGUAUUAGAGGUGGCUUACCAUUGCCUUCCUCCGAGGCUGAGAGGCAGUGACUGGCCCAAGGUGACCCUGUGAGCUUCAUGCCUGUGUGGGGGACUGAACCCUGGUCUCCCAGGUUGUAGUCCAACACUCUAACCGUUAUGCCACACUGGCUCUCUAGGCCAAAACAUAUAUUUUUUCUCUGCUUUACAUGAGUUUGAAUACUCCGUUACUACUGAGACCCUACAUUGAUUAGAUCAUCACAUAAUUAUGACACAUUUGGGUUGAUAAACUAUUUAACAAAGCAUUUAGAUUCUGAAUGGGGCAACAUAAGCACCUGUCACAUCAGAUAUAUUGCAUUAUUCACAGUCCUGCUCCAGUUUGCAGCUUUCAUGGUAUUUUGUGUAGUUUAGCCCAUUAGUCUUCAACUUUUACAGAGCUUGGGCCCUUUAGCCCAAACAUGCAUUUGGGGACCCACUUCUUAAUCUUUUACCAUAGAUUGAAGUGGUUUUACUGCUGCAGUUGUGACCCACAUUAAUUCAGACUGCAACCCAGUAGUGGGUCCUGACCUUUCAACUGAAGACCAAUGAUUUAGGCCUAAAUAUCAAACCCAUAGAGUUCUUGAUUUUAUUUUUGUAACCUAUGAAACUUUUGCCAAAUUCCUGUAGAUGGCAGCAUUGCUAAAGAUACUUGAUCAGUCUCUCAAGCUCUGUUUGGCUCAUUCUUGUUUCCUGACCUGAUGGCCAGUUUUUUUUAAAUUGCCUACUAUCCUAGUCUUUAAGUAGGUUGAAGUCAUGCUUGCAAAUACUGCUUUCUUAUUGUCAUAUUUCCAAAACGUCCAGUUGACACUAAGGACUGCCUCAUACCUUCUACUUUCACAGAAAAUGCUGUAUUUUGUAACUUGCUGUUAUCAUGGAAGGGCUUCGGCGCUCUUUCUUUUCAGCAAAUAUCACAAUUCUUGACUUGAACUUAUUCUUGUGUGUGCCAGGGUUGCUACUAACCCUCGCUGGACUGUUUGUAUUUCUACAAGAUAGGAUGUGCAUUUGUAGUCAUUGCAGAAUAUUCUCAGGGCAGACUUCUAACCUCUAGGCCGUCUCCAUAUGAACUCCUCUUAAAUCGGUAAAGUAGAGCAUGUUUAGACCGAUGUGAUUUUAAAGUUGCUUUGUCACAUCAGGCCCAGGCCCAUAACAUGAAAAAGGUGUAUUAGUGAUAACUGUGAUGCAGGCAUCAAGGAACAGGCAAUUUUAGAAAAACAAAGUGAUUAAAAAUAGGACUGCCUUUUACAGCCUAGCAUUACAAGGCUGAUGUGUAGGCAGGGCUGGCCCCAGGCCUGUGAUGCCAUAGUUCAACACCCCUCAUACAGGUGGCACAGGGCUAAUAAGCCCACCCUCAUGCCCCAUCUACCCCUCAUGCUGUGUGAAUGAUGCCUGCCAUCAACCAAGAUAGCGGAGGGGGCAUCAGCCCCUUAGGGAAGACCCCGCCCACAUCUUGGAUGAUGGCAGGCAUGUGCUCCUGGCAUACACUCUGAUGGGAGAGGUUGAUUGGGCAUGCGGGCAGGCUUAUUGAAGCCCGCACUGGGGCGUGUCUGGGAGCUCCCUUUCCACGAUCUGCGGCAGGGUCCGGUUGCAAGACCGAACGCUGCUGGAGGUCACAGAAGGGGAGCGCCAACUUCCCAUCCUAAGGAGGAGCCCCUCUGGGUCGCCAGCCCUGUGUGUAAGACAGUGUUUAAGUUAAAAAAUCAACUCAAAUGAUAGUGUGAGAACACUGAAUAGAGUCUUCCUGGAUGAGAUAGGUCUGACUGCUUCUUUAUUGGCAAAAGCUGCUUUUACAAAAGAGUUGUUAGGGGAGGCAGAAUUAGGCCUUGAAACUACCUAUUGAGCUUCCUGGCAGAUUGUGCCUUGCUUUGUUGGCUAAGUUAUGGUCAGUUAAUGUAAACAGGAUUUCCACCAUCUGGUGAAUAGUAAAAGUUUCCUGUGAAGCUAAACAUCAAUUAAUACAUUAAUAAUGAACAAACAAGACAGUGCCCUCCAUUUUCUAUAAAAUUAAAAGUUUAAAAGUAGUCAGUUUGAAGAAAUAGCUGAGUUAUUAAGACAAGGGCAAGUGCUAUAGUAGGAGUUUGUGAAUUAACCCCAGACUGUAGCAGCAGCAUCUAUGAUACUAUGUGACUCUUACCUGAAAUAGUAAAAAUAACUGAUUGUUCUAUAUUAAAAAUAACAUUAGAAUUUGGGGCUGAGCAAGAUACUAUGAUUAUGGCCUUGCUUGAAUUCUCUAUUGUGGAAGGAUGAAAAAUUGAUGUUUCAGUCCAUCAUAGCAGGGCCACCAUAAGUUGUGGCUGCUUUGACAUCUUGAGAAGCAUGAGCAGACAUUUCAAAACUGUUAAACGCUUGGUAACUAGGACCUGAGAGACCAGGGUCCAAAUUCCCACUUGGGCACAAAGUUCCCUGAGUGACCUUGGACCAGUCACUGUCUCUCAGCGUUUACCUAUCUCACAGGGUGGUUGUGAGGAUAAAAUGGGGUGGUGGAGAAUCAUGUACACCACCAGGAGUUCCUUGGAGGAAAGGUGGGAUAUAAAUUAGUUGCUUUUACUUUUGUUCCUAACUGGAGGAGGAAGGUGGAGGUAUAAAAUGUCUUUAAUAAAUACAAAUAUUUUAUCCUAAGAAAUAAAAAAGUAUUAAUGAGCAUUGUUAGUAUAGGCUUUAUGUAGCCCUUUAGAUGUUGUUAGACUUCAACUCUCAUAAGUUAUAGCGUAGCCAGCAUGGCUAUAGUCGGGGAUGAUGGCAGUUGUAGGUGAACAAGAUUGGGAGGGCCACCAGUCCUCUCCCUGGUUUAUGUCCUCUCCUUAUGUGCUCAUUGAUAGUAGUUUUUGCAAUAGGAUAUUGGAUGAAAAUGAAUGUUCUCAUAACUCCUAUUACUCAAGUUUUCCUACAUGCAGUGUGAAUACAUUCUGUGAAGAAAUGCAGAGCUUGGAAGUAAUUCGUUAUUUUUAACGAGUUACUUUUAAUUCGUUACAAUUUUAAAUAACGAGUGGGUAAUUCCAUUACAUUUGGCAAGUAACGGAACGAAUAGUAAUUUCCCUACUUUUCAGCUUCAACUUUAACGUUUCCAUGUUAGGUUGGACGUUACUUGGGGGCGGGAACAAGGGGAAGUCAGCUACUGGCUGUGAUUGGUUAACACAAGACAUGUGCCUCACACUGAUUGGACCUCUGCGCAGACUGUCUCUUCCCUCGUGAUCUGUGUUAGGAGGCACGAGGGAAGAGAUGAAUAGGCAGGGGAAGCCUGCUAGCGUCUGACUCUGAGAGGAAAAAAUGGACGCCGGAGGAAAAAGCCAGGGCACGGACAACAACGGAGGAGAAGGCUGCAGCAGAAUGGUGAAGAGCUGUGGAGAGACGCCUGUUGCAGGUUUUGCUGCUGAGAGCAGCAGUCAGUUAGUGCGGCCACUUGCGUCACAGCUUGUUGAUCCUGAGGAGGCAAAACUAGAAAGUGAGGUUCAGAAAGGAGGCCCUGUGCACGAGGAGGAGGGCAUGAAGCAGUGCCAGUUGCCCACAGCCACAUCUGCAGAACAGCAAGUACCAUGGUUUGGCUUUGAGAAAGCUUGUACAUUUGUGAGCCAGAGUGGGAAAAAUGUUGUUGUACGAUGCAAUUACUGCCUUCCAAGGAUCAAAAAUCUGAGAUCAGCUGUUUCCUCCUCAUCCAAUGUGAAGAAACAUUUUGAGAGGGCACACCCUGAGAAGCUGAGAGCAAUUGAAGAAGCAAUAAAGGCAAGGAGACGUGGCCUUCCUGAACCAAUGCGUGACACCCCUCCUCCCAAAAUGCUGAAGCAGCAGCAGACAACCCUUGAGAGGUGGGGAUCUGGCAGGGAUCUGCUUCUUCUGGCAGCCUGCGUACACCCUCGCUUCAAACUAGAUCGGCUGGAAUCGUGUCAGGCCACCACCCAUACCAACAAAUACACAAUGGAACCCUUGUUGAAAGCUGAAAUAAAGAUGGGUGUACUUAAUGAGGACGGUGAUCAGUCUUCAGAUAAAGACCAGGAAGGAGAUGACUUAGAAGAUGACUUCUUUAACUUUCUGCCCCAGGGCAAGAAGUCAGCAGUGGACACUGCUAAGGAGGAACUGGUGAGGUACCUGAGGUCUCCCAGCAGGGAAGUGUCAUCACUCCAUGGCUUUCCACGUGUGCUGCGGUGUUUUUUGCAGCACAACACAGGCAUGCCUUCAAGCGCCGCAGUAGAAUGCCUGUUCAGUACUGGUGGCAACGUAAUGACUGUAAAAAGACAUUCCUUGUCUGACAUGCUCUUUGAGCAUCUUGUUCUUUUGAGACAUAACAGAAACAUAUUAUAAAAGCAUUUCAAGUGUAAAAUUUGAUUUCAAGAGUUGGGGUAUCUUCAUUGCUUGGGGGGAUGUGAGAUUCUGUU